CCUUAUUUAUGAUAGUAUCAAAGAUAUAAGUUAACUAAGUACAGUCAAUAGAUGUUAAAACAGAAAGCGCGUCAAAGUCACCUGUAGGCACCACGUUAUAUCAUCAAUUAAGAGUGUGGGGUACCACCAACCCUUGACCAUCCUCCCAUGCGAACCACAACAGAUGUCGACAGAUCACAGAUGCCCAUCUUCUCGUUGGUUCCUUCUCCUUCCGGUUUUAAAACUCCUCCCAAUUUUGCUCACUUUUAUUCGGUUGGGUUUGAAUUUAUAUAAGAAUAUGGAAGCUACUUCAGUAGUAGCUGCUUGUAAUAUUUCUGCUGGGACGUGGUCUCCUGCAGGAGUUGGUACAUUAGAAUUGAAGAAAUUAUUAAUGCCUUCCACUCCUAAGCAUAUUUGUAAGUUACUGGUUAAAGGAGGAAUGUUGUACGUGUGUGAAGAUUAUUUUGUUUUAAAUUGGGCAAGACUGUUUAGACUUUCUAGAGAUUGUACUGAACAGAAUAUAGAACUUACUAGGAAUAGCGAAGGAGGAAUUUGUUUAAGAACAACUUGUGAAAUUUCUAUUGGAAUGGAAUUAUUUGUUUGGUACGGAUCCGAUUUAUUAUCAGAAUUAGAAGUGCCUUUCUUAACACCAGCUAAUAUUAAAGGAGGUCAGUCUUAUAUGUGCCAUCUCUGCCAAGCUACUUUUCUUCAUCCGAAUCCACUGAAAGCGCAUCUUUUAAUAGAAUGUCCAGGAUAUAAAUCUGAAAGAUAUUCACAAACGGAAGACAUGCAAAAUCGUUCCGUAUCACCUCCCCAUAUUAAUUUAAGAUUAAGAAAUUAUUAUUUAGGACAGACAGAAGAAUCUGUUUCUCUACCGGGACCAUCCGAUUCUAAGAAAAAUGGUCACGUAUGUGUUUAUUGUGGAAAGAUCUAUUCUAGAAGAUACGGUUUAAAAAUACAUGUAAGAACUCAUACUGGUUAUAAACCACUGAAGUGUCAAGUUUGUUUGCGGCCUUUUAGUGAUCCUAGUAACUUAAAUAAGCACGUACGUCUUCAUGGAGAUUCGGAUACGCCUUACAGAUGCCAUUUCUGUGGGAAAGUUUUAGUAAGAAGGAGAGAUUUGCAGAGACAUCUUAAAUCUAGACACGCUGUAAAUGAAGUUACUUCUUCGAAUGAAGAAGCAAGAAGUUCUGUCGAAACUCUAUGAUUUCGUGUUUAAAACUUUACUAUGAAAUUAAACAAAAUUACAGUCGACCCCCGUAUAAGAUCAUUGAUUA